GGGGCGGCGGCGGCAAGAAAGGGAGCUUGCCGCGGGGCGAGCAGGACGGGACGGAGCCGGAGCGGAGGUGGCGGAGGAUUCGCUCGCGGAGCCGCUGUGCCCAGGUCGGGAAGAGGCCGGGGAGGGUGGGUAUAUGAGUGACCUAAAGCUGCAGAUUAAAAAGGAAAGAGAGCAGUGCCAACUGCAAACAGGGCAAGGAUGCCAAUUCCUCCUCCCCCUCCACCACCCCCCGGUCCUCCUCCACCUCCCACUUCUAAUCAGGCCAACACUGAGCUGCCCAAGCUGAGUAGAGAUGAGCAGCGGGGUCGAGGUGCUCUCUUACAGGACAUCUGCAAAGGGACCAGGCUGAAGAAGGUGACCAACGUUAAUGAUCGGAGUGCUCCCCUCCUCGAGAAACCCAAAGGAAGCAGUGGUGGUUAUGGCUCUGGAGCAGCUGCCCUGCAGCCCAAGGGAGGUCUCUUCCAAGGAGGAGUGCCCAAGCUCCGCCCUGUGGGAGCCAAGGACGGUUCAGAGAACCUAGCUGGCAAGCCAGCCCUGCAAGUCCCCAGUUCUCGAGCUGCUGCCCCAAGGCCUCCGGGGUCUACAGCCAGCGGGCGCCCUCAGGAUGAUACAGACAGCAGCCGAGCCUCACUCCCAGAACUGCCCCGGAUGCAGAGACCCUCGUUACCGGACCUCUCUCGGCCUAAUACCACCAGCAAUACGGGCAUGAAGCACAGCUCCUCCGCCCCUCCUCCGCCUCCCCCGGGGCGGCGUGCCAACGCCCCCCCUACGCCUCUGCCUGUGCACAGCAGCAGAACCGCAGCCUACAACAGAGAGAAGCCCCUGCCACCCACACCUGGACAGAGGCUUCACCUUGGCCGAGAGGGACCUCCCGCUCCACCCCCAGUCAAGCCGCCUCCUUCCCCUGUGAAUGUCAGAACAGGACCAGGUGGCCAGUCUCCAGCUCCUCCGCCGCCGCCUUACCGCCAGCCUCCCGGGGUCCCCAAUGGACCCUCCAGUCCCACUAACGAGUCAGCCCCUGAGCUGCCACAGAGACACAAUUCUUUGCACAGGAAGACACCAGGGCCUGUCAGAGGCCUAGCGCCUCCUCCACCCACCUCAGCCUCCCCUUCUUUACAGAGUAAUAGGCCACCUCCCCCAGCCCGAGACCCUCCCAGUCGGGGAGCAGCUCCUCCACCCCCGCCACCCAUGAUCCGAAAUGGUGCCAGGGAUGCCCCCCCUCCCCCGCCACCGUACCGAAUGCAUGGGUCAGAACCCCUGAGCCGAGGAAGGCCCCCACCUCCGCCCUCAAGGACGCCAGCUGGGCCCCCUCCGCCGCCUCCACCACCCCUGAGGAAUGGCCACAGAGAUUCUAUUACCACUGUCCGAUCUUUCUUGGAUGAUUUUGAGUCAAAGUAUUCUUUCCAUCCAAUGGAAGACUUUCCUCCUCCAGAAGAAUAUAAACACUUUCAGAGAAUAUAUCCCAGCAAAACAAACCGAGCUGCCCGUGGAGCCCCACCUCUGCCACCCAUUCUCAGGUGAAGCCUGGCUUGGUCCUGUUCCUCAGGAAAAGGAUGGACCCUCUCCUCUUCUCAGAUGGUCCCUUCCAUUCUCCCCGAAACCUGCAUGACAGCUCCUAAUGUGUUUCUCCAGUGCACCAACCUCGAGACUCCAAGCGCCCACCCAGCUCACCUCCAUCUGUGCAUCGCGUCUCUGGACUUGGUGACCGGACUCUUUAUAUUGACAGUAGGGUCUCAAACCCUGCAUCCAUCCCUCCUCUUGCCAGCCCUCCUGGCCAGAUGAGGAAGAAGAUUCCAUGUCUCCUGCUUUCCUCUGGGGAAAGGUGCCUUGUUGUGAUGAAUGAACUCAUUGUCGGGGCGGGGUGGAGAAUGGUACUCCUACCUUCUCCUACCCAUUGUGGGGGGAGCUUGGUGGAUAUAUUAUAUUUCAUCAUUUUAGGAGGCUGGCAUGGCCAGGACUUCUGGGGGUGGGCAUUUUUAGUGAAAUGGGAAAGGAGUUUGCAGAGAAGUGAUCUGUUUUAAAGGUCAAGUUUAGAGCAUGGGCAAGGAAAUAGGUCUGCUUUAUUUUUAGGGGUAUUUUGGUUUUGCCCUCACCCCACCCCAUGCUCAUACCCAGAAAUAGGUUGGAUAUAAACACUAAAUACUAAUCAGUUGAACUAAACAUCUAAUAAAAAGAGAGGGUGAAGUAAACUGGGGGUCCUUUUAGAGCUAGUCAGUUCCUCUGCGUCACAGGGACCAGGAGCCAUGUGAGCCCCCUGGGGCUCCCUGCUCCAUUUCUUCAGGUGCUGAGGCUGAGGGAUGUUUUUCCUCCUCUCACCACCUAUCCCCUCAAGAGAAAAGUCCCUUUCAUUCAUUCAUUAUGGAUUCAGAAACCCCCAAAACCUCUAGUGAGAGAUAGGAAGAUAGGACCUUGGCCUUGGCCUUAACCUUGACCUUAAGGCUGCCUCAGUCUUCUCUGCUUGGCCCUGAAGGCCACUGGCCCUUUCAGCCCUGUUCAGAAACUUCAGCCCCUGAUGGGUGCUCCAGGAUGACGAAGAAGGGAAGGGUGAAGCACCUUGUGGAAGGGACCAGCUCUGCGGGCUGUGAAUGGCUUUAACUGAGGCCCACUCGAGCCUCAGUUCGAGCAGAACUGAGUGAGCAGACUCU